AUGAGCUCCAUUUCCCUCGACAGGUUCUACGCCCUAUUUCAUAUUCAACAACUUGCAGCGAGCGCGUUCUUCGCAGUGUAUAUCGCAUUUUUAUACAAAUCUUUUAAAUCAGCAGAAUUUGGUAAAGAAGCCAAUGGCCUAGCCUGGGCUGAAAUUAGAUGGCUUCCAGGUUAUUACGGGUAUUUCGUCCACGCAUGGACUGCUUUCCAUACAUGGCAACAUCAAUCUUCCUCAACUCGAAAAUCAAAAGCCUCUGAAGCUUCAGGGCUUCAUCCGUGGAUCUUCAACGGUAUCUUGAUCUUGGUCCCAGUGAUCGUGACCGUGGUCGCUGUCGUUAUGACAAUUCUUCAGUCACACGCUGUACACCAAUCUUUACAGACCACAGAACAAUUUUACGAAACCCUCGGAAUCGCCUCUUCAAGAUGGAACAGUGGUUAUCACAAUCUCACUUCCUCAGAAGAAAAUUUAUUAGAAAAGAAAUUUUCAAGAUACCAAGUGGAUGGGGUUGGGGCCCUCCAACGCACACGAGACACCGUAAUAUUUUGGAAUGUAUCCGGCCUUCCGACUUUGAUAUUUUAUAUCAUAAGUGUUUGGGGCUUACUCAACGUAAUCAAAGGAAUCUUAAAUGAAGUCAAUCGGUCAACCGAUUCUGUGGUGUUAAGUGACGAAACUGGUGUCCAAAAUUUCACACCUGAUCGAAAAACUAGUCUUUCUGUGCACGGCGGAGCUAACAGCACCAUGAAACGGAAUCACACCUUCUUAGCUUGGCAUUACAGUGUAUUGGCGAUCACCCUUCUGUUUGAUACGGCAGUUGGGGCUUACUUCACCUCGCAGGACAACGUCCAAGUGAGAAAAGCCAGCUCGCGCAGUAUCGCAGUCCUUGGUAGUCUAGGAGGAUCAGUUCCUAUGCUGGUAGCCAUGCUCAUCUUAAUGGUCCGCUGCGUGUUCUCUCGACAAAUAAGUUUCCUUACAUGUCUAUGA